UCAGGAGCGGAUGUGACCGCCGGGGACAAACAGUCUGUUUACCAUGGAUGUGUUCAUCGCUUGUGGAUGAUGUUUUCGGCGCAUAUUUGAACAGCACCGUCUGAUCCCAUCUGCCUUCAAGGACAAGGAGCAAAUGCCACUCUCCUAAAAAAAGGAUUAAAUCAGGAAUCUGUCACCUCACCUAAGUAGGUGUGAAUUUGUGGCUGCAGUCAUGGGGAACCAGCUGACUGAUAUCGCUCCCAACACCUCCUUUCUGCCAAACUUCCAGUGUCUGCACGUGGUGGUGAUCGGGCUCGACUCGGCCGGGAAGACGUCUCUGCUCUACAGGCUCAAACUGAAGGAGUUUGUAAACACGAUCCCCACUAAGGGCUUCAACACGGAGAAGAUCAAGGUGUCAGUGGGGACGUCUCGGAGUAUAAACUUCCAGGUGUGGGACGUGGGCGGCCAGGAGAAGCUGCGCCCGCUGUGGAAGUCUUACACCCGGCGGACAGACGGGAUGGUGUUUGUGGUGGACUCCACGGAGCUGGAACGGAUGGAGGAGGCCAAAGUGGAGCUCCACAAGAUCACCCGCACCUCGGAGAACCAGGGCGUCCCCGUGCUCAUCCUGGCCAACAAACAGGACCUGGAUUCAGCGUUGUCCGUCAGCGAGGUUGAGAAGCUGCUAUCAGUCCACGAACUGAGCAUGUACACGCUGCAUCACGUGCAGAGCUGCAGUGCCGUGGACGGUCAGGGGCUCCAGCCGGGCCUGGAGAAACUUUACGAGAUGAUCCUGAAGAGGAAGAAGAUGGUGAAGCACAACAGGACCAGAAAGAGAUGAACUCUUUCUUGGCGGCAGACACGAGGAGAUUUAUCACGGUUGAGACACUUCCAAGCUUAAUGGUCCCCUUUAAUGGGAGAGCGAUUUGUGCCAACACAACAACAAUUACACGCGGCCGGGGGGUCAGGAGAAAUGGAUUUGCUCAUAAUAAUUGAAGCAGUAUUGACACAUUCUUUGUUCUGCAGCUGCUUUUCAGAAGUUAUAGAUUUAAAGGGAACCCUGAUAGCAGUUAGUCCUCACUAAGUGCUUUUCCCACACUUGUUUUAAAGAAUUCUAGCAAGACAUUUUCCUGUUAACUCUAGGACUAAUAUAUAAGCACACUGACAUCCAAGUGUCCCUAUAAUACAUGAAAUGUCCUUAUAAUCCUUCACCAGCUUGCACAGAUUCCACUGAAUAGCUGUUUUCUGUUCCACGGAUGUUUCCCCGAAAUAUUUAUUACACGUUUUUGUGUUUGUGUUGGACAGAGGGACUGUUUUUGUAAAUGAUGUGAAAUGAAAAAGCGGUGAUGGAGCACCAAAUGAUAUUUCAUUUAAUUGCCAUGGAACAGUAAUCCUAAGUGCAUUCCCUUCAUGGCCACAGAGGUUGAGUUUCAGUUACUAUAAUAAUAAUAAUGUUUAUACAAAUUGUACAUUUUUGUAACACUGAAGGCUUAAUAAAUCGAAGCACUGUACAGAA